AUGGCGGCCUUUCCUCGAGUAUUACCGAAGAAUCUUGCUAUGAAUUCAUUGUGUGAUUUUGGACGUAAAAUUCCACAAAGAUUUUCUAGUUUCUGUUUCAGAGAUAGAUCGUUAUAUAAUUAUCGCCCAAGGGAUCAAUCAUGGCUCGUGCGACGUUCUUGGGCCAGAGGUAAUAUGUCAUGUGCAACCCCUUCCUUAACAACUUAGCAGUCUUCAGAUAGGUUUGAAUUUUUUACGUUAGCCUGAUAAUAAAAAAUCGCUCGUAAUUUUUUUACAUUUUUUGCCGGAAAAAAUUUUUCCAGCGACCAUGCUUGCUGGGGAUUUAAAUGCAGUAUAAAUCCUUUUUGGGUUCUAUUUAUUUUAUGAAUGUACCUUCUGCAUGUAUGUACAUGAUUAUUGGCAAUACUUCUCGCUUAAUCAUCGCCAGUUUUACUUACAAGGGAAUUCAUUGUAGAAUUUGGUCACUAAGCACUUUUAAAUAGACUGUCUGUGCGAUUCAUAUUAAAUAUUGGAUCUUUAUUCAUAACAUUUAAUGUACCCACAAUAUUUUAUAGGAAUUACCCAUUCAAGUGACAAGAAAAAUAUUAAAGCCCACAGAGUCAUCACUCCCAUUACAGCAGAACUCCUUAGAAGUGUGCAAUAUGGUAACUGUUCAUCUUUUAACUUAACCCUUUAACUCCCGUGAGUGACCAAGACAGAAUUUCUCCUUACAAUAUCAAUACAAUAUCAAACAGAUAAGUAAUAAGAAUUAAGAAAAACAUCAAUUUGGAAAUAAUUAGUUGAUCUCAUAUUAAAUUCUCUGAACUAACAUUAUAAGAAUUGUACAGUUGACAGUAGGGAGAAUUACAAAUUUGAUGAGGAAGUUAAAGGGUUCAGCAUACAUAUUUACAGUUUCAGUCAAGAUGAAGGGGCUGAUCUGUCAGCACAGACAUCUCUUCUUGUAAAUCUUUAUUUGUUUGAUGGAAUUCUGAAGGUCUGUAAACCCAGUUUAAAACCUAUGGUCAAUUGGAUGUGACAUUAAAGUAUUCUUGUUUAUUUUGUUGUCUUUUUUUUCUUUUUAAUUUCUUCACAGGAAAAGAGCAAUGGAUGUCUUCAGCAAUGCGUAAUCAUCUAGUUGGAAAAAUUGAAGGAGGAAUCAUUGAUCCAGAUUCUACUGAUAAGUAUGUGUCUGUGUGUGUGUGUUUUUUUUUAAUUUACAGUGUACAUGUAGAAGCUAAUCAAAACCCUACACCCUUAUAUUAAUAUGCAAAUUCUCCAUACUGUUCUCUAUACAUCUCUUAUGAGGUCAACAAGGAGAUUGUGCUUAGUCAUCAUUUCCUUUAUUGUUGUGACCCCAAUGUUUGAUUCAGGACUUAAUUGUAAGGAGAAAUUAGAUGCUAGUCACUGUUAGUAGUCCAAGGGUUAAAUCAAAGUUUAAAUCAUUAUGGUUUCAAGCUAAUGAAUAAAGGGGGUUAAGUUCUAAAGAAACUGUGGUGCUGUAUCGGUGGGGAUUAUUACAACUUAAGAUAGUUUGGCUUUCUGAACUGAGUUGAUAAUGUAAAUUGCCCACCAUAAAAAAUUUCUGAAGGAAAUGUUGCGAGGGUAAGUUCUUUGUCAUUUGCUCUAACUUGCAAAGGGCAAACAUUCAAAUUGUCAACAGAAGCUAUUUAAGCUGGCCAAUUUACAAUAUCAACUUAGUUGAUUAAACCAAAGUAUUUGGUUUCAAACUAGUUUGUUAUGUAUUUUCCCUUUUAAUCCCUGAAUAAAGAAACACAAAUCAACUGCUCUUAUUUCAAAUUUUAAGUUAUUUUAAACUACAAGAUAUAUUAGGCAAUAGACAGCCUUAUAGGCCAAAUUACAAGUGACUAUUUUGCAACUGACUUAUCACUGGAAUUCUUAUUUCAGUGAAUACUGUCUGCAGGAUGCAUUCAGUAGAGUUCGAAUUCAAGAAUUUCAAAAUGUGUCUCUUUGUCUUAUCAUAAAAUAACAUAACUUAGUUUAUUUGGAAAUGCACGUUAAGAGUCAGGCAGCUGCAGCUGAUGUGGACCUGUCUAAUACUAAUUUAUUUAAAAAAAUACAACAUUUAAAUAAGUAAUAUAAUUGUAUUUAUUAAAAUAUCUAUAUAUUAGUUUAGAUUCAUCAAGUGUCUAAGAAUAGAAAUAACUUACAAGUCUGUGGUAUAUUGGAUGUGAUUCAAAUGAAAAUAAUUAGAAGUUCAUAUAGAAGCUAGUGUACUGAGUAUAAACCAGCCUCAGAAUGGAAUGUGUUCAGAUUGAUUACCAAGCUGUUUCCAUCAGCUAGGUGUAAACUGAACACAUACCAUAUAUAUGAUUAAAUUUAGAUCUAAUUCAGGGAUCUUUGGAGUUGAAAAUCUAGAAAAAUAAAGCAGAAAGCAAUAUACCUAUACCAAUAUGUAAAUAAAUAGCAAAUAAUCAAAAUAAGUAAAAUUUUGUUUUAUAUCUUGUAGAUUGACUCUGGAACAUUUUCAAGUUUUCUGGCCCAGUAAUUCUCAUUUGCUGUUAAUCUUUGUUUUAUUAUUCCUACAACACCACAGUUGCUGAGUUGGCUGAGCAUGUUGUGACUAUCUCCUCUUUUAUUAUUGUGGUCUAGUAUCAACUUGUUAGAAACAAGAUUAAUUUUUAAUUUUAAUGAUACUUUACCAUUCUCACUGUGAUAAUGAUAGAACUUGGGUGGCUCUGAUUUAAAGUAGCUAAAAAUAUACAAUAUAUUAAUUGUUUGAUAAGUUUUUUUUUUACUCAUUUCAUUUUUGCUCAAGGAGGAAAACCAAUCUGGACAAAUUUCCAAAGAAAUUUUAAAGGCCAGUUUCCACCCCAGGUAAAGUUCUUUCUCUAAUUAUAAAGUCAUCCUUUUAUUAAGUAUUUGUGAAGUCUACAGACAAGAAGGUGAUGCAUUUUGUGUGAUUUUGUUGCUGAGUCAAUACAACAAGCUUACCUGCCAAUUGUGGGACUUAAUUUUGUGGAAUUUUUUCCCUUGGAAAGCUUUAUGUUUUGAUCUGUUGCUGCACUCCUAGUCUAAUUGCUAAAUUUGCCUUUUGUGUUUUGUUUCUUUAACAGAAAACGCGACGGAACUGCUUUGUAAGUUUUUAUUUAAAUUUUGGUUAGGUACACAUGAGAGCCUGCUUUACGAAUAUCCUGUUGCUUUGAAAAGCCAGUGUACAGCUUCCCCCAGCCUUCUGAAAACAAUUUUAAAAAAGGAGUUUUGUUUUAGGGCAGGGUAGUGGCUGUACACAGUCAAGUAUUUACCACCAGGUCAAUCUGACCUCUGUUAUAUUAAUCUUGCAACAAAAUUGGGAUUUGUGUAAUGUGAUUGGACUGCACUAUGAACCUUUGGCUGUUGUUAAGUCUAAAUAUAUACAGGCAGCCACUGAGGAAUAAUUGCAAAGUUUUCCCAUUGGGUUCUAGAAUAGUAAUUUGUAUUUCUUUGUAAAGUCGAAAGUAUUGCAAGGUUGAAAAUAAGCAUAAUAUCAUGGAUGAAUGAUGUUGCUUUCAUGGACUAAGUUGUUUACACUGUGUGAAAGCACACUUUCAUAUUUUUCAGUAGGAGUGAUACUUUUUUUACUGUAAUAAAACAGCCAUUUACCUCAUUUUAGGUGGUUUAGUGGUGGGUAUUUAUCUUGCUACUUCUGGCAUUAAUAAAUAUCCACUACCAGCUACCUCUGCUUUGGUGAAUAGUAGUUCAUUAUUAUCAAUAGCAUUUUAGCUGAGUAUUAUUGCUCUAUAGAUACCUAAAAGGAAUAUCCAAAUAUUUGUUGCCAUCACUAAUAACAACCAGUGGUGAGUCAUGAAUCUUGUAGAACGCAACAACCUAUUUCUUUUUCAGGCUGGUACCAAAGUAUGCAGCAAUCCCUGUCCCAUAUGUCAACUUAAAGCAGAGAGAAAUUAUGAGGUUGUUUAUACUGUGAGUAAUUAAAAAAGUAAUAACUUGUUAACAGCAACUUGUGUUUGUAGAAACAAUACCAUUUUACCUAACUGGUUUGUUAAUUUUGUCAUAUUCAGUAAAAUUAUCAUAAUAUACAGCUGGUGGCUGGGGUCUUUUUUGUAUCUUUGGUCAUGUGACCUGCCAAAUUGGCCCAAUGUCAGGGUAUUUUAUGAGUGGUUUUGGUUAUAAAUAUGUAACAGUUAUGGUUCUCCACUGUACCCAUGGUGCAUGGACAAGUUAGGCAUGGUAAUGCUUGAAGUGUGUCAUCCUUCUUUCCUUCUCUGACUGAGUGAAACAAAGGUAGUGGAAGAUGUAUACUCUCACACUUUGCUGGUGCCUAGGAAUAGGUCAUGCAAUAUUUUGUGGGGAGUAGUCUCCGUCUUUGGCAAUCAUGUACUUGUUAGAUUUCAAGUUGUGCCAUGUAGUCAGUAGUCAAUCUACAAACUGUGCCAAUUGAGUGACCCUAGAUUUUUCUUAACGUGGAAUUAUGGCUGAGCUUGCAAUGAAUUUCAGGUUGUUGCAAUUUCCUCCCUCCAGGGAAGUCACAGGCAUUUUUCCUGGCUGGCAGGAAUUUGAAUGAGCUAAUCUAUAAAAGUUCAAAUGUGUGGGAAAACUGGAGAGGUUGAUGCUCGGAAUUGACUGACACAUUAGCCUGGCACAGUGGUUGGUGGCAAGUGAAGAAAAAAAAUUUUGUAGAAGUAUAGAAAAUGCACAACAUUAGAAGUUGUUUUCAGAAACUUCAACAGCUUAAAGAUUGCACUAAAUUUUAUUUUCAGGAUGUGGGUUUAUUGUCGCAGUUCAUCUGCCCUCACACAGAAAAGAUUCUUGAAACAAUCAAAACAGGUGAUAGUGCUUUCUACAAAAGGAUCAGUGAAGUUAUUUUAGUAAGGACAAAUAUAGCACUACACAUAGUAACCCUUCUCUUUUUCAUUUCUUUGAGGCUAUCAUAACCAACUCGAGUAAUUUAAUCAUGUGCCUACCUUUUAAUUCGCAUCUUGGUCAGUGUGAGCACUUGCUACCCAGGAGUCUCAAUAAAAGGCACUUAGUGGCAGUCAACUGCUGCCCAUAAGACCUCCGACUGCUGUCUGUUUAGCCUGCAAGCAAGUUCUCUUGUUUUGAUUUCACCCAAUGGCACAGCUGGCUAUUACACCAUUGGCAGCUACUCAUGGAAAAAAUUAUGGAAAACCCAGUUAUACAGCUUUUUUUUUUUUUUGCUGUGCUUGGAUCAUUUGUUUAUUUACCUAAUUGUUUUCCUUAAAAUAUUGAGGGGGAGUUUUCAAUUGCAUUAAUUUUUUAUGCUCUUUUUGUUACAGGUGUUUGCCAAAAACAGCACAAACUUUUAACAAAGGCAAUAAUCGAAGCUCGAGACAAAGGUAUGCUGUUGGGAUUUUUUUUGUGGAAUUUUAUCAGUUUAAGAUGUAUUGUUGCCUUUUUGUGAAUGUGGCCUAGAGAACUCAAGGAGGAGUGCACAGGAGCACAAAAGGUUGUGGUGAUGUAAGAGAGAAUAGAAUACAGUAUAGACAAUUCUAAGACCUUUCCACUGAUCCUAACUUUCUACAUCAAUCCGUUGGGCACUACGCUUUGCAGUUGGUUAGUUGCAAAGUGCUCCAUCUAUUGCAGUCUACUUGCCCCUGUCAUGGUGUAUAUAACUCUACUUGUGCAAUUUUUCGACAGGCUUGAUUCCUUACAUGAUACCAGGCCCAAGGGAUCCACUGCGAGUCUUUCAACCUGUUGGAGUACCAUCUAUGUUUAAAAACAGAAAAUAG